AUGCUGUCCCUGCGCCGCGGCGAACGAAGCUGCUCGCAGGGCAACGAGCUCCGACCAGCUAUGCCGGACGCGUCGAGCACGACGUGCACCGACUACCCGCGCAGGCCACAGCGGCCGCACUCGCGCGACCGCUCAAAGCGGCUCUCCGACGAGAUCCGCCAGCAGGAGCUGCUCGAGAGGUUCCGAGUUCCUCUCAAGGUGGCCUUCGUCACCACGGCCUGCUUCGGUUGGAACAGCGCCUGUGUGUUUGCAAGGUCAUCGGACUCCUGGCUAUCGAGAAUACUCAGCCUUCCUACGUCAUCACAGCAAUGGACGAUGAAAGCGAUCCUGGGCUUCGCCCACGGCUCGAACGCACUGAGUGACGUCAUUCUAAUGGUGGGGCUAUACUGCGUGAGUAUCUUCAGUUACAUGAGUUGUCCUACUUGA